AUGUCCUCCAACGGUCAGUCCUUCCUCCUAGAUCCCGAGAAACAAGCCGGGCCCACCCGAUACUCCCACGCGCGGGUAGUCCAACCCUCCACCCACCACACCAUCUAUAUAUCCGGAAUUGCUGCCGUCACACCAGAUGGAACCUAUGAAGGAGUUGUCGAAAAUCCUGAUGGAAGUUUCACAGCCGAUGUGAAGGAACAAACCGCUGCUAUCUUGCGUCGGAUUGACAGCAUUAUCCAAGGUGCAUCCGACGGGAAAGCAAAUAUUUACAACAUUGUCGAUGCGAUUGUUUACAUUUUGGAUAUGAAGACACAGUAUGCUGGGAUGAAUGAGGAGUGGAAUAAAAUCUGGGCAGACAGAGCGAACGCGCCUAGCCGAGCGACAAUAGGAGUCAAAGAGCUGCCGGAUCCUCGGUUUAUGGUUGAAAUUAAAGCUACGGCAAUUUUCAAGGCAUAG